AACGGGAUGGAAGUAGAUUCUGGAUGAAGCUGAAAUCAUUCAAAGAUUGACCAGGUGAUUGAUCUGCAUUUUCCCCAAAUGAGAAAGAAUAACGAGAAGUUUCCAACAUGCCUCCGGAAGAUAACAAAGCUGUAACAGGUGAAACAUCACUGGCUGGUGAACUUCUAGAAUAAAUCACUUUGUUGCAAGGAUGACUGUCAGUGCAUCCGAUGAAUGUGAAUCAAAGAAGAAGACAAGAAAACAACAACGGUGCUUAAACAGUCCUAAUCAGUGACCAAACAGCUAUUUCAAGGAUCCUCCAUUGGGAUAAAUCCGAUACACCAGUUAGGGAUGUCAACCCUUUUAAACAGUUACUUUCAUAAUGCGACUUUUACUGAAAGUUAAUGCUCUAAAUGAAGAGGAAAAGACAUGGAAACCUUCUGAAGUGAUGGUCCUCAUCCCUUAUUACUGCACCAAUGAGCAUCAGCUUUGAUUAACUGACACAGCCAUCAGCGACCAUGGCCACCAACCUGAGCUCCAGAAUCGACACCCCGACCAACAUCUCCCUGAGUUCCAGUAUUCCCAUCUCUGACUCACUCGAAUACAAGACAGUGUCUGUGUUUCUGGUAUUGCUGGUGUGCGGAGUUGGCAUCGUGGGCAAUAUCAUGGUGGUCCUUGUCGUCUUCACUACGCGACACAUGAGGACGCCCACCAACUGUUACCUCGUGAGCCUGGCCAUAGCUGACCUGACGGUGCUAGUGGCGGCAGGCCUGCCAAACGUCGCAGAUAGUCUGACAGGCACAUGGAUUUUUGGACAUGCUGGGUGUCUAGGGAUCACCUACCUUCAGUACCUGGGGAUUAAUGUGUCCUCCUGCUCCAUCACUGCAUUUACUGUGGAAAGGUAUAUCGCUAUCUGCCAUCCCAUGAAGGCUCAGACCAUGUGCACAGUGUCGCGAGCCAAGCGGAUCAUUGCCGGAGUUUGGAUCUUCACCUGUGUCUACUGCCUCCUGUGGCCGUUCCUAGUGGAUAUUCAGGUCUAUCAAGACCAACACGUGGAGUGUGGCUACAAAGUGAAGCGGGAGCUCUACCUGCCCAUCUACCUCAUUGACUUUGCCAUUUUCUACGUGAUCCCGCUGCUCGUCGCCAUUGUGCUGUAUGCCCUGAUAGCGCGGAUCCUCUACCUCAGCCCUCUGCCAAAUCACUCGGACAGCACCGCUACCACCCUGCGCAGGAGCUGCAGGGAAGCAUCUGAGGCGUCGAGGACAGGUCGCCAAGGUCGGACAAAGAGCGCACACUCCUCCAGGAAACAGGUUACAAAGAUGCUUGCUGUGGUGGUGAUCCUCUUUGCUGUGCUGUGGAUGCCCUAUCGGACCUUGGUUCUGAUCAACUCUUUUAUGUCUAGUCCCUAUCUGGAUGCCUGGUUCCUCCUAUUUUGUCGAACAUGCGUGUAUGCCAACAGUGCCAUAAACCCUGUCAUAUACAAUGCCAUGUCUCAGAAGUUUCGCUCUGCAUUUCGCGGGCUCUACAGCUGCCAGCGGCUGGAGGGAAAUCAUCGAACGCUGUCAACCAUCCAAUCCGGCUUCGGUACCAUCCGAGACCCGCGGCCCGCCCAGGCCAACAGCAAUGGAACCGAUGAAAAGGUGAAGAGAGUCGUACUCGGAACUUCAACCAAUCCGAAGACAAAGCAACCCGAGAGUGGACAUCCGAAGACGCCCACAGUUAACGGCAUGUCAGGUGACCAUUGUACUGACGUAGGCCCAGCAGCCAUGAGCUGCGGAAAAGGUCCGGAAAAAACCAUGGCAGAUGAUGAUCAGCAGUUAGAUUAGAUUAACACAAAUGAUGCCACACUUGAUUUAGCAGACAUAGACACGGGAAAUGAUCAGGAGGAAAAUAUGUAAAUAUUUCCAUAAUACUGUAUUGUACAGAAGAGUAUUAGGGCCAGGCUGGAGAAAAAUAAAAAUAAUAUUUUAGA